GGAACUCCAGUUUUGUAAAACAUAUCCCUUAUCCACAUGAGAGGGGAUAAGGGUCUGAUUGUGGGGGUCCCGUCUUAGCUAGUGAUUGGCUGAGUGGGCCGUCACUCCUUAAGUUUUACAAAACCAGAGUACCCCUUUAAGGUUUGUUUCUCGUUUCUGAAUAAUGUCAAGAAGAAGUGGUCGUCUACAAGCAAAACAUGGAAAAGACGAUGCAGAAAACGAAUGUCCGUCCACAGUUGCAGUUGCUACAAGGAAAAGAAAAGUCGAGGAAGUGAAGCCUUCACAUGAUGGUCAAUGGGACACUAAAAGACACAACUAUGAGAUCCAGGCCUGCUGGUCACAGAUAACAGCUGGAGGGGCGACUCCUUGUAUUCUUAUUGAGACACCACAGAAGGACGUUCCGGUCAUACCAGACGUAUCAAAGUUUACUCGGUACCGGUUCCAGAAUCUCUUCAUCAGUCCUUCUCCUUUACCAGACCUCAGUUGGGGAAGUUCAAAAGAUGUCUGGCUGAAAAUGUUGAGUAAAGAGUCCAAAUACGUUCACUCCAGUCGCAUGUUACAAUGCCACUCCUUUCUUAAUCCCAACAUGCGCUCCAUUUUGUUGGACUGGCUCCUAGAGGUGUCAGAAGUUUAUAGUCUGCACAGGGAAACCUUCUACCUCGCUCAAGACUUCUUCGACAGAUUUAUGUUGACGCAAAUAUCUGUCAACAAAAGUAUGCUUCAACUUAUAGGAGUCACCUCCCUGUUCAUUGCAUCCAAAUUGGAGGAAAUCUAUCCCCCUAAGCUUCAUGAGUUUGCAUAUGUCACAGACGGUGCCUGCAGUGAGGAUGAUAUUCUAGAAAUGGAAUUAAUAAUACUUAAGGCUUUGAAAUGGGAGCUAAGUCCGGUGACUGCAAUUGCUUGGUUAAAUCUCUUCCUUCAAGUCUCUUCUCUUAAAGACAAUCCCAAACUACUAUUACCUCAGUAUUCCCAGGAUCAGUUUAUUCAGAUAGCUCAACUACUAGACUUAUGCAUUCUACACAUUACCUCACUGGAUUUUCAGUACAGGAUUUUGGCAGCUGCAGCUUUAUACCACUAUACUUCAAUGGCCGUAGUCACCAAAGCUACAGGUCUGGAGUGGGAGAGCAUCUCAGAAUGUGUCCAGUGGAUGGCGCCUUUCCUCAGAGUUGUACAAAGAAAUCCUCCGCCGAAGCUAAAAAGUUUUAAGAAGGUUGCGGAAGAAGGUCGUCACAAUAUCCAGACUCACACAAACUACCUCGACAUGCUGGAUAAUGUCAAAGUCCAGCCUGCCGCGUUCCUAUCAGGACUGUCCCCUGUGGGUGUUAGUGGGAUCUUAACUCCUCCCAAGAGUACGGAGAAGACUCCUUUUUAACUGGAAGAAUUCUGUGGACGGUUUACGCAUUGGGUCCAUGUGGCGGCUCGUGUGAAGCCUUCGCCGUGUGCACUGAAGCUGGAAGAGUCGUCCUGACUGGAGAAGAACUUACUCUCCUGCCCAAGUGCUCCUGUAUAUAGUUCACUCACUUAAUUUAUUGGCUCCGUACCAUCUGGUAUAGGAAGGUGGAGGUAAAAUGUCUGCGCAGGCACUCUGCUGUUACCAUAGUGACUAGUUUUAGACUGACCUUAUUGGCACCAAUGUGCUGCCAGCUUAGGAGGAAUUUGGCAAAACCUUUUGGCCUUUUAGAUCCUGUCGAACAUAAUUUCUAGCCUCACGACACAAUGUUCACACUUCACUUUUGCAUUUGGAUCCUGAACUUAAAGUGGACCCCCCCCCCCCUCCUCCCUCGGGUACUGGAUUAUUUUUAUUAUUUUAUUUUUUCUUUGCCAUGAGCUGCCAGGAAACGCUUCUUCUAGGAAAUUCAGUCACUUUUCUAGUAUUUAUUUCUUUAGAUGGAUUUUAUGAUGUACUCAGCUGUGGGCAGGAGAUGCUAAAAAAUGGGACUAUACCAAUUGUCACCAUAUUCUGUUUUAUAUUCGAGUGGACUUUAUGUAACCUUCUCCUACAUCUAUUAGUAUCAGGAGAAUUUGCCGUAGUCCACCGCGCUGUGGGUGACUUGUCCUUGUGUCGCGCUAUUACCAGAAUAGUGGUGCCACCUACUUUAUUGAAGAAUUCGAUUGCAGCUUUUUUACUGAAACAACUUUUUCUCUGCUAUGAGGCUGGGUCCAUGAACAAUUUUAAAAAGUUAUGUCGGGGACCUACAAAUAUGCACAAAAUUCCAUGUUUCUCAUGGAUCUGGAUUUUACUGAUUUAUGAAAUGUGUGGUGCAAUUCCACAACAGUGUUUGCUGCGAACUUGAAACGUGCAGCUUCCCAGGACUCCGCUGUGAUGUUAUAUGGUGUUUGUUAAUUGUACAUUAUGUACGAUGUUGCAUAAUUAUAGUGCCUGUUCCCUAAAGCAUGAUAUGAGCUCAUGUGGCAGAUUUGGUGCAGUGUUUCUCUAAGUGUACUGUAUAGUAGCAGCAAAUCUGCCUCUUGUGAACAAACCCUAAGAUGGUUCUUACUUGUGAACCAAUAUAUUUCUGUUUCUUCAGUAGUGUAUGUAAAACACUAUGGAAUAAACCAUUUUAAACAAUGUUAAUGUAACCAUAGUAAUUGUAAUAAAAAAAAAAAAAAAGUCCGGUAGUGAAGGCGUUUGUCUGCAGUAGAGUCGAAUCUACAGUUUGUCACUGAGGCCUAGGGAAAAGUCAGUCUUGGAAAAGUUUUCACUUGAGUGUUGCUAUUCCCCAAAGCAGGGUUUCCCAAGCAGGGUGC